AUGACUGUCGAUUUGCAAAUAGAAGCUAAGCAGGAACUUACUACACACCCUAUCUUUCUAUCAUAUUCAGGAAAAUAUGAGAAACAUACUAGAGAUAAUAAUCAACCGUUAAUACAAGAGAAUAUCUGGCCCAUACUUACAGGAGAAACGCUUAUUGGAACCGGCAAGAUCAACUAUAGAGGAGAUUCUAUGUACAUGAUAGAUGAUAAGUAUCUUGGUUCUGAAAAUGAUAUUGAAGAAUUAGGUCCCCAAGAUAAUAAUAGAUCGUACACUUUUUUUCACUUGGGCCAUAGAUUAUCCGGUCAUGAGAAGAUAAUACAUGGCGGUCUAUUGGCUACAAUGCUAGAUGAAUUGACUUGUAGAUUAGCCUUUCAAAAUAAUCAUUCCGGAUCCGGGGUUACAGCUAACUUAAACAUUAAUUAUAGACAACCAUGUUUUGUAAACACUUUUGUUUUAAUUAAAUGUGAGGUGUUACGUAAAGUGGGCAGAAAGUGCGUUGUAAAGGGACAUGUCUACAAGGUUGAUUUGGACGACGAAAAUGUGGAAGUUGAACGGUCUGAGAAUUUGUUGACCGAAUGUGAAUGUUUAGUUAUCGAACCUAAAUGGGUUAAAGAAUUAAAACAUGAUUAG